AUGAUUACACUUGUCACCAUAAGGUUUGUCAUGUCUUUAAUAGGGAUUAUGGGGAACAUGUUUCUCGUCUUCGUCAUAUUUCAGACCAAGAUCUCCCGAAUCAAGUCGUUCGAGGUGUUCCUCCUCGGCUUGGCGGUGUCUAACCUGGAGGAGCUCGUCGUGGUAGACUUCUACGAGGUCAUCGUGUUGAUCGGCCACAUGCAGAACAGCCUGCUCUGUCGGACCAUGAAGUUUUUAAACCUUCUGGGGGAGGUGAGCAGCAUCCUCUUCACGGUCCUCAUCUGCGUCUUCCGUUACCAGAAGCUGAGAGAUGCAGAGAAGAGGGGCAACGCUCCCAUAUUCCUCGACAGCCGAAAGUCUGCGUGGGUCGUGAGCGGACUCUGCAUGCUUUUAUCCGUCAUGCUCGGCCUGCCCGUUUACUUUGUCCGAAUAGACACCCACGUGGAGGCCGACAAUGGGACCAGCUGCUCCCCGGAUUUCUUCCAAUGCCACGAGCACUUCUGCCCGCCCCUAAACCGUUUUUACAAGUACCUGUUCCUGGUGUCGUGUAACCUGCUGCCCCUGCUGGCCGUCACCGUCUCCAGCAGCCUCAUCAUCAAGGUCCUGCUGGGCCAGAAGAGGGUCGUGGCGCCGGCGCUAGGUGCCUCCGGACCCCCGGGCAAGAAGAGCAAAGGGCCCAGGCUUCAGCGGAGCACCGUGGGCAUUCUGACGGCCAUGGGGGUGUUCCAGAUCGACUGGACGAUGUACCUGGUGUUUCACCUGGCUUUCAGCCCCGUCAACGUGCCACUUUGGGGGGACAUAGAGUUCUUCAUCACCACGUCCUACACAACGCUUAGCCCGUACGUGUACGGGAUAGGGUACGACCUGUUUUCUCUCAGGUAUUUUAUAAAGAGGUAAUAGCUUCUUGUCUUUUGUCUCAGGACUGCGUUGUGAAGUGCGUGGAGUCGGUUGGGGACCUUGCGGUCGAGCGGGAACUAAUAUUGAACCGAAGUGGGUUGUUGUUAUUCUUAACAGUAUCGUUUGCAGGGAAGCUAGUCCAACAGCACAUCAUCAGCUCUUAAAGUCCUAAUUUUUCCCUAACAUAAUAUGUGGGUCAUAUACGUGAAUGGUAAUUACAUGUGAAACG